CGUAGGUGGCUCUUAGGAAGCCAAUGCCAUCUAUCGCCUACUCAACUGAAUUGUCAAAGCACCAUUCCGCUCCUCAAGAAGGUCUUAGCUCACCUUCUCUUUCAUGCGCCUUUCUUGCUUGAUGGUCCCUCUCGAUCUCCAUUUCUUCAAUCUUACUGGUCAAGCUUUCCACUUCUUUUGCUAAGCAAAUAUUAUAUUCCUCCACUUUCUUAGCAUUAAGCCUCAUCUCCUCAAAUCAUUCUUCCUGCUUUUCCCAGAUAGAGUCAUCAAUAGUAAAGAGCGGGUGCCCUGGCAUCUGUGUUUUGCCUUUCUGGGAAACUUAUGGAAACAAAGAGUCAUUCAUAAUUGUCUUCCUCCAAAGCUCAUACCCUGGCUUUACUACUCCCUCAGCCCGAUUGGUCUUUGCAUAACUCGGAACCAUCCAGGCUUUCUCAGCUGCUGAAAGAAAUUUCCAGAUAUCAUAGGCCUUCAACUAAAAAGUCCACUCUCGGAGGCGAUCAAGUGGAAAAAUGUCCUGCUCAUAUCCAGCUUGCCUCAAACCAAGCGCAGGGGCGCAAGCUAUUCCACUCCAUGGACCAAUCAGAGGUGUUGGAUCACCAACACCACCUGUUUGCUUCUUUGUUGGUGAUCCAACCCCUUCUGUGCCGGCUGAGACAGUAAAUGAUGGACAUAGCUUAGUCAACAAAGCUGCCCUUGACCUUAACUUGGCUCCAGGAUCUGUGCUUGGGAAGAGAACUCUCAUUAAUGACUUGGAUGCGGCCAAUAAGAAGCUCAAGACUCAAGAUUCUUCUCAGACCUCAUCCUUCUCGUCUGCUGAUGCUACCUCAAAGUUGUUGCUGUCUGGAAUGGCUAAGGAAGCGGCCAACUUAAAGCUUCCCGCCUAUGAGACCUAGUUGCUCGUAUCGGCUAUUACCUCUUCCACUACAAAUUCUAGGAGAAAUUCUGACUCGUAUAGCCCAGUUAAUAUAGUGUCCUUGCUUGU